AUGCCAACUUUGACUCUCGCUAAAGCUGGAAUGGAAUUGUCAAAAGAAAUAUUAGAACAAUUCUUUUCUUUCUUUUUUUUUCUGCAUUGCCACUUUAAUCCAAAUCUAAAAGAAAAGUUUCUUUUUUGUUUCUUUUUUCUUUCAUUGUUUCUUUCUUUGUUUCUAUCUUCAUUCUUUUAUAUUUUAUCUCUUUCCUUUUUCUUUCUACAUUCCUUUUUUUCUUUAAUAUUUCUUCCUUUCCAUAUUUCUUUCUUUUUCACACAUUGUCUCUUUCUUUCUUUUUUAGAUCAUUUUACUUUUCCUUUUUCUUUCUUUCUUUCUUUCUUUUAUAGGUUGAUUCUUUCACAUUUUAUCUCUUUCUUUUUUAUUUCUUUGAUUUCUUGGAGAGUUUAUUUCUUUCUAUCGUUUUCUUCCAUAGUUUAUUUAUUUCUUCCUUUCUUUGUUAGUGUCUUCCUUUCUAUAUUUCUUUCUUUUUCACACUUACAUUUUGUCUCUUUUCUUUGUUUCUUUGUUUCUUUCUUUCUUUGUUUCUUUCUUUCUUUCUUUGAAUUUGCUGAUAGUUUAUUUCGUUUAAAAUUUCUUUUGUUUCUUCCAUAUUUCCUUCUUUCUUUCUUUCUUUAUUUUUUCUUUCUUUUUUCUUUCUUUCUUUCUUUCUUUCUUUCUUUCUCCUAUAUUGUUUUUACUUUAUUUAUCUGCAUUCACUUUACUCUUUUCACUAGAGAAUUUAUUCUUUUUCUUUAUAAAUUUCUUAAAGAAUUCUCUCAUUCUUUUCUCUUAAUUUCUCUUUCACAAUUCUUCUCACUUUUGUCUCCUCCUCCUCUGGCCAUCUUCUGCUUUCUUUCUUGUCCUUAA